CCUGAGCUUCACUUCGACGUCGAGGGUUUCUCCAGCCGGUGUGUGGUGCGGGCUCUGGUAUCCCCGGUGCGCGAAGUUCUUCUUACCUUCUCGACAGAAUCCGACAACUGAGUUGAACGACCAUGUCUUCGACGAGGACCAGCAAGUACAUGUACAAGAGUACCAGUGGUGGAGGCGGUGAUAUUUCCAUCGAGUAUGGAACCGAUCUCGGAGCUCUCACCAGGCUUGAGGACAAGCUCCGCCUGCUGCAAGAAGACCUGGAAUCCGAGCGCGAGCUCAGGCAGAGGAUCGAACGUGAGAGGAGCGACCUGACGGUCCAGCUCAUCCAGCUGAGCGACCGGCUGGAAGAAGCCGAAGGUUCGUCCGAGAGCCACGUUGAGUUGAACAAGAAGAGGGACGCUGAACUGUCCAAGCUCAGGAAGCUCUUGGAAGAUGUGCACCUGGAGAGCGAGGAGACUGCACACCACCUCCGCAAGAAGCACCAGGAAGCCAUCGCCGAGUUCCAGGAGCAGUUGGACACUGCCACCAAGCUUAAGGCUAAGUCUGAGAAGGAGAGGCAGAAGUUCCAGGCUGAGGUCUACGAGCUGCUCGCCCAAGUCGAAAAUGUCAACAAGGAAAAGCUUAUUGCCCAGAAGACCGUUGAGAAGCUGGAACACACCGUCUACGAACUGAACAUCCGCAUCGAGGAAAUCAACCGCACCGUGACUGAGGUGACCGCCCAGCGAAGCCGCCUCAGCGCUGAGAACGCAGAGUACAUCAAGGAAGUUCACGAACUCAAGGUCUCCCUGGACAAUGUCAACCACCUCAAGGGACAGCUGGCUACCCAGCUGGAGGACACCAGGCGUAGGCUUGAGGAUGAAGAACGCAAACGCUCUACCCUGGAGAGCAGCGUCCACACCCUGGAAGUCGAAGUCGAGUCCCUGAGGGCUCAGUUGGACGAAGAGGCCGAGCUUAGGCUCGAGGUUGAACGGCAACUGGCCAAGGCCAACACUGACGCCGCUUCCUUCAAGAGCAAGUACGAGGCUGAGUGCCAGUCCCACGCCGAUGAGGUCGAGGAACUCAGGCGCAAGUUCGCCCAGAAGGUCUCUGAAUACGAAGAGCAGCUCGAGUCCCUGCUGACGCGAUGCAGCAACCUCGAGAAGCAGAAGUCCCGUCUGCAGAGCGAGGUCGAGGUCCUCAUCAUGGACCUGGAGAAGGCUACCGCCCACGCCCAGAACCUGGAGAAGCGCGUUGCCCAGCUGGAGAAACUGAACCUCGACCUCAAGUCCAAGGUCGAGGAACUGUCCGUUCUGCUGGAGCAGAGCCAGAGGGAACUCAGGCAGAAGGUGGCUGACUUGCAGAAGCUGCAACACGAAUACGAGAAACUGCGCGAACAGAGGGAUGCUCUCACCCGGGAGAACAAGAAGCUCGCUGAGGACCUCGGCGAGGCCAAGAGCCUGCUCGCCGACGCCAACCGUCGCCUGCACGAGUACGAGAUUGAGAUCAAGCGUCUGGAGAACGAACGGGACGAACUGGCUGCCGCUUACAAGGAGGCCGAGACCCUGCGUCGCCAGGAGGAAGCCAAGUGCCAACGUCUCACCGCUGAACUCGCCCAGGUUCGUCACGAGUACGAACGUCGCCUGCAGAUCAAGGAAGAAGAAUUUGAGGCACUGCGCAAACAGCACCAGCUCGAGGUUGAGCAGCUCAGCCUGCGCCUUGCCGAAGCUGAGGCUAAGCUCAAGACCGAGGUUGCCCGUCUCAAGAAGAAGUUCCAGGUCCAGAUCACCGAGCUGGAGAUGUCCCUGGACGCUGCCAACAAGCAGAACAUUGAUCUCCAGAAGGUCAUCAAGAAGCAGGCCCUCCAGAUCACCGAGCUCCAGUCCCACUACGACGAAGUGCACCGCCAGCUCCAGCAGUGCGCCGAUCAGCUCAGCGUGUCCCAGAGGCGUUGCCAGGGUCUCCAGGCCGAACUCGACGAACAGCGCGUUGCUCUCGAAUCUGCCCUUCGCUCGAAGCGCGUCGCGGAACAGAGCCUGGAAGAAAGCCAGACAAGGGUAAACGAGCUGACCACCAUCAACGUCAACAUUGCUGCUGCCAAGAACAAGUUGGAGAGCGAGCUCUCUGCCCUGCAGUCCGACUACGACGAGCUGCACAAGGAACUCAGGGUGGUUGAUGAACGCUGCCAGCGCACCAUCGUUGAACUCAAGAGCACCAAGGACCUGCUUGUGGAGGAACAGGAACGCUACAUCAAGGUGGAGUCUAUCAAGAAGUCCCUGGAAGUGGAAGUCCGCAGCCUCCAGGUCCGCAUCGAGGAGGUUGAGGCGAACGCACUUGCUGGUGGAAAGCGAGUUAUUGCCAAGCUGGAAGCCAGGAUCCGUGACGUUGAGAUCGAGCUUGAGGAAGAGAAGAAGCGCCAUGCCGAGACCCAGAAGAUCUUGCGCAAGAAAGAUCACCGCGUCAAGGAACUCCUGGUGCAGAGCGAAGAGGACCACAAGACUGUCACCAUGCUCAACGACUCUGUGGAGAAACUCACCGAGAAGGUCAAGGUCUACAAGAGGCAACUCAACGAACAGGAGGGCUUGAGCCAGCAGAACCUGACCCGCGUGCGCCGCUUCCAACGCGAACUGGAGGCCGCUGAAGACCGUGCCGACUCCGCAGAGGGCAACCUGUCCAUGAUCCGCGCCAAGCACCGCUCCUGGGUCACCACCAGCCAGGUCCCCGGUGGAACCAGGCAGAUCUUCGUCACCGAAGAGACUUCCGGCUACUAAGAGACGUCUACCACAACAACUGCCGAAGCACCUACCCGCACAACGGCCUACCUUAAAAAAAAACAAAGAAAAAAAACACACACACACACACCUAAUCUACCGGUCUUCGAGUUGUACUUGACAAAGCCGUCAUCUCCACACCCCGUCUGAUCCUCGUGUGACGUUCCAGCGACUGGACAACGGAGAAGACAUGACGAACUGUUCGGAACAAACUGGAGAGUGCAUUAAAAUGAAAGUGGAAGUGCAA